AUAGACAGUCAAGUGUAUCGGACAACCACCACGCAAAUUACCAUCCUUAUAGAUGAUGUAGAUGAUGAGAAACCAGUAUUUGAUGUUGGUGUUUUCAUUCUCAAGGUGCCAGAGGGGGUAAGGCCAUACUCGUUUAUGCUUUUUUGAGAUGUUUUGAACACAACUGUAGGCCACAUUCACAUCCUGGUUCUUUCUGGUUCUGGUAGUGUUUCAUUGCUGCAUCCAUGUACUGGCAUCUUUGCAACGGUUGGGGGUAUGAUUUUGCUAUUUUAACAGCUCCUAGCUGAUGCUAGGGCAUCCUUGAAACUUUCGACCGAUGUCGAGUUCACAGUGGCAUCGCCCAGGUGGUUCCAUGCUAUUAUUGUGCGUGGGAAGAAAGAUUGUUGAUGCUGCACUGUGUUGCACUUAGGCACUUUGAAGCAUUUGCUAUUGUUUCGGGUGUAAUUGUUUAUGGAAAUGUCAGUACUGAAGUCAGUGUUGAGUGAGGGUUUUGAUCUGAUUAGUCUACCCGGCUUCUGUGGGGUGAGGUACGUGCCUGCUGGGAUGGCCAGCACCAGUCCCAUGAUCACUUUAUAUAAGAAUAUCACUUAUCAGGCGGAGUCCCUCUCGUCUGUCUUUAAGGGAGGGGAUGUCAAAUCUUUUUAAGAGGCCAGUGACGAAUCCAGGAGCAGUGGAUUUGUAGUCUCGAGCGAUAAAACGCACCGCAUUACGUUGAAUUCGCUCCAUCUUGUCCACGUCUUGCUUAAGGUGUGGGUCCCAGAUGAUCGCACGAUAUUCCAGUAGUGGACGGACGAGUGCGAGAUAGGCAUUUCAUUUGCAGGAAGUUGUCAUAUGAUGUUGAUAAUUUUAGCAAUAGAAUGAUGGAUGUCCCUUUUUCUGCUUAUGUCACAUAGUGUAAAAAAACAACAUAAAUCAUGUGCAAGAAUCUGCAUUUAAAAGCCUGAGCACAGCUCACUUAGAAAAAAAACAUUACAGGUCACUACAAGCACACAAACAAGACACAAGGCAGACACCAAAAUAUCAUCAAGUCACACAACAGACAUGCGUCACUUCUUACACAGUAAAAUAAUUACUGUUGGCGUCACAUAACAGACAUGUAUCUCUUCUUACACAGUAAAAUAACUACUGUUGGCGUCACAUAACAUACAAACGUCACUUCUUACAAGUAAAAUAACUACUGUUGGCAUCACAACAGACAUGCUUCACUUCUUACACAGUAAAAUAACUACUGUUGGCGUCACACAACAGACAUGCGUCACUUCUUACACCGUAAAAUAACUACUGUUGGCGUCACAUAACAGACAUGCGUCACUCCUUACACAGUAAAAUAACUACUGUUGGCGUCACACAACAGACAUGCGUCACUUCUUACACGAUAAAAUAAUUACUGUUGGCAUCACAACAGACAUGCAUCACUUCUUACACAGUAAAAUAAUUACUUUAUUUUGGUGAUGUUUAGUUCUCAUAUUUUUGGGUUAUAAAACACGAUUUACUUUGUGAAUAUUGGUCAUGUUACAGACUGAUUUAUCAAACCAAAGCUUUGAGGCAACACCUGCAGUACAUGCUUACGAUGGAGAUCUGGGACUUAAUACAACCAUCAUUUACAGUAUCGGUAAGUACCCACUGAUAAGUUUAAUUUUUGUCUCAGCAUCCUUCAGUGGCACAUUUUAACACUGCCAGCACCUCAACAGUGCCGGUACAAUUCUAAUAGUGCUGCAACGGUACUGCAACACAGACGGAGCUAAAACGCUGAUGAUAUUUACGAAAUUGAAAGUGCUGACUUCACUGAGUGUACAACUGACUACAGCAUCAUAAUGUGACUAGUGAGAAAGUUUCAAAAUUCUGGGCCCAUGCCCAUGUUGGUGUCCAUUGUUGUGAGUCCCAUCAUGAAGGAUAAUAUCACAAUAAUAGGACUCUGUGUCCUGGCACUACACUAUUAUUAUAUUAUAUGUUCAACAGAAUCCAUGCCCAGUGACCUGAAUAUAACCAUUGAUAAUGUCACAGCUAAAGUGAAAAUUCUCACACAACUGGACCAUGAAGUUAAAAGUGAAUACUCAGUCACUAUAACGGUAGGCAAAUUUUUGUCACAAUAAAGUUUAUCACACCUAUAUAUAAAAGAGAAAGUUUGUGGGUCUGUCUGUAUGUUCCACAAAGGCUUUUACAUGGAAUGAUCGAUCUUGACCAAACUUGGCACAUAUAUCCGUCAUUAUUUGAAAGAAACUCUUAAGGGGUUAUAAACUUUUUAUAACAUUCCGUUUGAGGCCGGGGGCCCAAAAUGUUGUUUUUUCCAAAAUGAGCUAUGUAAAUAAAAUUACUAAAAAAUACUCCUACAUGAAUGGAUGGAUCUUGACCAAAGUUAGAACAAAUACACUUUACUAUCCACAUUCAAAUACCAAAGGGUACUGAACUUAUAAUAUCCAUUCCUCUGGGCCAGAGGCCCAAUUUCAUUUUCCUUAUUUAAGCUAUAUAAAUUAUAAUAGGCUUAGACAACACUAUAGGUUUUAUGUGAAUUGGUGGAUCUAGCAAUACCCUUCUAAGUCCGCAUUGAAAUAGCUGUGGAUUUAAAACUAAUAAUAUGCAAUCCAUUCAGUUCAGGGGAGAUCUAGAGUCCUCUAGAAAGUUUGAUGGUUUAAGAAAGCAAUAUCUAUGGCAUUUUUAAACCGAUUUUAAUGGGACAAAUUUUAAAUUUUAAUUCUUCUUUAUAGGCUUCCCCGCCACCCCCAUCUGAGACAUAACUAAAAAGUUACCUUAUUCAAUAAGCCCCCACCGGGGCCCCUAUUUCAAUGUAAAUGUACUAUAGUUAUAGUAGUAUAAUAUUUCUCAUUUGAGAAAUAAUUACGUAGAAAAGUAACUUUUUACACGUUUCAUGGAGGAUAUCAAAUUUAAUUUAGAAUGUUCUAGAAGCUUCUAUAUUCUACGGGGAUAUAUAAUGGGAUCUAAAAGCAUAUUCGAACAAAAUCGCACUGAGAAUGAUCCCAUAGAGGCCAGGUAAGGGGAACGAGAUCCAACAGUAAACUGGAACCCAUCAGUUACGCGAUCCCAUCGGGAUCACACCGGGAAACGUGACUGCGCAGAGAUUGGAGUUAUUUAUAAAUAUAUGUCCCAGAACUUGAGGUUACCAAGACAAAAGUGGGGCAGUAUCCAGCAUGUGUCAUCACCUGACAUUGACACGCUGUGACCAUUUCUUAAUUAAAAAAAAAAGAAAUAAUAUAGGCCUAUUGAUUAUUAGUGUACCUUAUGAAACUAAUUUUUCAAAUAAAACUAUUUAUUUAUUUUUUUAAAUAUUUUUUUUAACUGUUCAAGGCUACCCAAGUGGACAAUGAUCAGAUGAGAACGUCAGCCAUUCUGAUUAUUGAAGUGGAGGACAUCAAUGACAACUGGCCCAAGUUUACCAACCAGGUCACAGACAUAACAAUAUCAGAGAUGACACAAGUAAACACUUACCUGGUCUUGAUGAAUGCUAAGGAUGAAGACCAGGUAAUAAAACCUUACACUGGAUUUUUGCGUCACCUUAGUAAAAUGGGCUGUGAAUCAUGAGACAUAUUACACUGAUUUUUUAUUAAAAGAUAUUGUUUUGUUUUAAAGACAAGAUAAGAUCAGAUAACAUAAGAUUGUUUUAUUGAUCCAAAUAAAUGGAAAUGUUUUUUUAUUACAUUUUACAUAUUCAAUUUCAGCACAUAAAAAAAUACAUAUUUUAACAAAGAGAACAUUUUACAAUCAUAACAAUUUAAACACAAAACAUCUAAAGUAUUUCUGUGGCGUAGAAAUCAGCCAUCAAUGAACUCAUGUAGUGGCUUAAUUAGUGAUCAUUUAGAUGGUGGCUGUUGCAGAAUUUAUAUUAGUAAGUUACAGGCCUACGUAUAAUUAAAACAAGUUUGUUCAUGUUUUGAUAUUAUCUAUCAUAUCUAUAUUGACAAGUUUAUAAGAAAUUGUUUCACAUGCAUUUUUUUGUAUUUUGAAAUAUGCCUGUCUAGCUAUUUCAUGUUAAGUUUUUCUUGAGUGCAGAUGCCAUUUUGAAGAGAGGCCACUGAAUAAAAUUUAAAAAAGUUAUACCAAAAGUUUUCUUUGGUACGAAUUUUACCAGCUAAAUUAUACAUAACGCAACACUCUGUCACAGUUAAGGUAUGUAUUAUUAAAACAGGGGGAAAAUGCCAAGUUCGAUUACAACAUCACAUCGGAUGAUCUUCAAGCAUUUGGUCUGAAAUAUGACAACGUAACUUCACAAUUUUGGCUAACGGUGGUUAAUGCAUCAGCAUUGCGUGGCAAGGUGGAAGUUCAUGUCAAGGUAAGUUUUUUGUCAUGAUGUUGGAUUGGAUUGGAUAUUUAUAGGGCGCCGGUAUCCAUGCUACUUUAGCAUGCUCACUGCGCUCUGGUUUUCUUAAAUCUUUUUAAACAAAAAAUUUUUUUUUUCUUAAAUUUCAUUUCUCCUGUUUGCUUGAAACUAUGACUCUUAUGUCACAUGACUGACACAUGAUACCAACUGAAACAUGCUCCUCUGCAGACACGCAUAUUCUGUCCAUUCCCAAGACACACACUAAAACAUAUGGUGAACGAUCUUUCUCUUUCUGCGCCCCCAAACAAUGGAAUUCUUUGCCACAACACAUACGCAAUAUACCAACCACCCAGGCCUUCAAAACUGCACUCAAAACAGAUCUUUUUAAAUUAUACUACCCUGAGUGAUUCCCCUCCUCUGACUGACUGAUAAACGAUCUUGCUGGCUGCCGUCCAUGGUUUGCCUUGUAAAAGUUUUGUGUUGGGGUGGGUGAAUAUACAUUGCUGUUCUUUAUUUCAUAUAUGUAUUUUAUUUUAAUGUCAUGAUUAUGUCUCUUUUGAUAAAAUUUUUAUGUACAGCGUGGUGAGCCCAGCCCUAGGCUGGGGUACUGCGCAUAUAAGACCUCUUAUUAUUAUUAUUAUUAUUAUUAUUAUGGCUGACACAUUACAUCAUUACAUCCCUGUUAUUUCUUGCAUUCGGCACCAACACUAAUUGGCUUCAAGAUCCUUACUACUGUGCAGUGAAUUUUUUGUUUUUAAAAGUCAUCUCACCUCAAUUCAAAUAUAGAUGCUAAUGUUUUUUCUUCUCAUCCAUUAAUCUUUUUGCUGCACUUGAAUUUAUCAGGUGCAUCUACGGGAGAAGGAGAAAGCCGUUGGCAGUCCGUGUGCCGACACAUCUGCCUGUUCAACAGAUAUAACUGUUCACAUACAGGACUACAAUGACCACAUGCCAAUAUUUCCAGAUCCACUUUAUGAAUUUACCAUAUUCAGCCACAGCCCUGAAAAUUGGCCAGUGGGAAAGGUGAGUUUUUACAGGUUCGAGAGGAGUACCUGGAUUGUUGGUGAAAUUGUUAUUCAAUUUCCUUUGUGUCACUGGGCAGGUGUCUGUGUUUUUCAAAUAUUUCUUUAGAGUUGAGUGGUCAGCAGUUAAUGGUCAAUGUUAAUAAUGUCACGGAAAGUUUAUUUGUUAGGUUUUUUUAUACUUUGAUUUACUAGAACGCAGAGAUUUCAGGGGGCUCGUUAUCAUAUAUUGUGGAAUUAUAGUUUUGUUUAAUGUAUGUAGGUAAGAAAAUAAUUCAUAAUUCUAUAGACAUAUCUAUGUACUCUAUGAUAUGUUCCCUGAAAUUUCUUCAUUAUCCAGAUUGAGGCAAAUGAUCUUGACAAGGGAGACAAUGCCAGAAUUACAUACAGCCUGAAAUUCAUCCCACCCAUCACAGACUGCAGCAAAGUUAUCAUUAAUGAGACGUCAGGGGCAAUAACUUUGUCUAAACCCAUGACGGUGAUCUCUACGUGCUACUUUCUGGCAACCGCAUGUGAUAACCCGGUGGAUUCACUUUUACAGUAAGAAUCCCAUUUUAAGAAAAAAAAUUAAAGAAUAAUUAGAUUAAAUGAAAUAAUAUUGAUGUAUAGUAAAAUGUAAGAUAAAAUGUAAAUGUAAUUAAAUAUAAAAGUUUGAUGUUUACAUUGCAGGCGCUGUGCUACAGUUUCAGUCACUGUCAAGGUCAUUGAGGGCUCUACUGGUGGGAAUGGCUCAGUUGAAGUUCAUGAUGUGACAAUACCUGAGAACAUCCCCUUGGGGACCCUAGUCACUGUUUUACCUGUAGGCAACCAUUAUCCUGUAUCCAAGGGGGUUAAAGUUGGCUUUAGUGUAACUUAAUGGGGGGGGGGGGUGUGGAUACUGGAAUUUAAAGCUUUUUGGCAGACAUUUGAGAAGUUCAUGGGAGCUAUGUUUAAUAUUGUAUUUAUUUGAUGGAAUAACCUUGGUUGUGUGCAAUGGUGAACUCAGUAAGAAAAUAUUCUACUAAUCAUGUGAAAUUUACUAGUAUGUUAUGUCACAUCUACUGAUAUAUUUUUAUUCAGCUAAAUUUUAUAAUUAAUUGGCUCCUCAAGAAACCAGCAGGGUUUCAGCAUUUUCAGAUCACCGCAAAAAUAGUUGUUCAAGGGCAUUUAAAGAGAUAAGAGAGAUAAUGGUGUUCUCAUGUGGGGCAUUUAUAUUUAUUACCAAUAAAAGCGUUGGUGCUCAGCCCCCCCCCCCCCACCCCCCCAAACCAAUAUCAAAAAAUUGCCCUAAUAGUCAAAUUUCCCGCAGUACACAUCUUAAAUUAAGUUAAGGGCAUUUAAAGAGAUAAGAGAGAUAAUGGUGUUCUCAUGUGGGGCAUUUAUAUUUAUUACCAAUAAAAGCGUUGGUGCUCAGCCCCCCCCCCCACCACCCCAAACCAAUAUCAAAAGAUUGCCCUAAUAGUCAAAUUUCCCGCAGUGCACAUCUUAAAUUAAGUACUGCUUUUCCUCAGUAUCAAAUAAUUCAAUUUUAAAUAUAUUUUUAGACUUCCCAUCUCUAUCUUAUAGAAAUUUUAACAUUCAACAGAUCACAGGACUGAUCACAAACAGUACAGAAUUUAGAACAGAUCAUGAGUAAGCACAUCUUUACUGUUACAGAUAAUCCUGGUGCUUAAUUGCCUGUAUAGCUAAUUAUGAUAAACAACUGUCCUUUAAAUUUUAAAUGAAUCAUACUGUGCCUUUGCCUUAUGGUUCAUUACAUUGUGCAAAUUGAAGAAUCUAAUGCCAUCAAUUCAGUACCUUCUUGGUUGGGCAUACAAAGUCACAAGACAGUUCUAAUACUGAUUCUUUAAUAAACAUUAAGUUAAUGUAUUUAUUUCUAAUGGAGAAGAAAAAAUACUGUAUGUUCGUACCUCUUGUGCUUCCUUCUAUAGUAUUUACUCAUUUGUAUGACCGGAACAUACAGGUUACUAGGGGAACUGGUUUAAAUAGGUUUAUGAAUAAGUUAUAAGUAAUUAAGAAGUGAUAUGAGACCGGAAAUGUUUGAUUUGAUGAUUUCAGCUCUAUCUUGACCAACACAGUCAUUGAUAGGGAGAAACAGGACACUUACCGCCUGGUGUUUGUGAACCGUGAAUAUGUGAGUAAAAAUAUAGUAAUAACUCAGUCCUGGCUGCAGCUUUGCAUGAGCUCACUACUUCCUUAUCACCACGUUAUGAACCUUCAUUUUCUUUUCAAUAUUUACAUUUGGAACAUGUUUGUUUAGAGGUAAAAAUUAACCAGAGGGCAAAUGUAGCAACAUUGAACGCAACAAAUGUAGAGUUAUUUCCAACACACUUCUGAUAAAUAAGACACAUUAAGCAUCAGUUCACACGAUCAAAUUCUUUUUAAAUUAGUUUCAAAUUUGGUUUAUUUUAUUUUGGUCAAAAAUUAGAAUUUAAUCAAAUAGUAAUUUGAAAUUUGUGACAAGGCUUCAUACAAAAAUCGCAUCAAAUGUAUGAAAGAAAAUUUGAAAGUAAUUUGAUCAUGUGCACUGAGCUUUAGUCACUGAUUAACAAUAGGAUUAAUUCUAAUAAAAAAUAUAAAACUAAAUCCAUAUCUCUACAUAUAACAAAUAUCGCAAUAACUAAUAACGAUAAAAACAUGCAAAUAACUCGUGGAACUGGAAAUUAUAGUAAAAAUCUAUCAAAUGACAACACUUUGUUGGGCACAAAAACACUGAAAAAAAUAAAAAUAUAUGAAUGAGAAAAUAAAUGAAGGAAGACUUGGUUUAGAUGAAAUUUUACGCAUAUCAUUAAAAGAUUAUUUUAAAAGAAACGUGCCCAGUUAUUCCCCGUAUCCCUCAGGCGAAUAUUUGAUUUUAUCUCUAACGGCUACCCUUCCACUUUAAACCCUAAGUUACAUACGCUGUAGACUGACCCAUUAGUAAAUUUAAAUAGUGGUGGUAAGUUAUAUAAAGAAGAGGGCAUAAAGCCAUUAAAAUAUAUGCCACUUUCCCUUAAUCUAACCCAGAAUUUCAACAGUGAUACAAAAACAGAUUCUCGUAAAAGACUAGCUACAAAGAAUUCUACAAAUAAACACAUAAAUAUUGUAACAAUCUGCAUUCUUAAGUACAGCUUGACAGAGUUACAACAUUUUCUAAUCUACUCUCCUGAGCAUUGACCAAAUGCAUCUUGUAUGCAUCAUUCAGGUGGACUCACUGAUAGUCAACAUACAUGUGGAUGAUGUCAAUGACAAUCCUCCAGUGUUGACUAGUCACACGUAUAACUUGAACAUCCUGGAUGAUGCACAGAUAGGUCAAACUGUCCUACAAGUAAAUGUAAGUAGGUCAAAACUUGUUACAUAAUAUGUAUAGGUACAUAAUAUGGAAUUGUUAUACAUGAUUAUAAAUUAAAAUAAGGUUUGGUUACAGGCUAAUUUAAGUAGGACAAAGUGAUAUAAAAAUUAAUAUGCUCUAAGUCGGCCUUCAUUCAAAUUUAAUCCAUUUAAUGCAAAGAUGUUUUUAUUUUGAAUCUUAGUUGGUCAAAUUUUCCUGUGUAAAUGAAAGUAUUACUAAUUGAUCACAAACUCAUCCACAUAAUAAUAAAGAUCAAAUCAUUAUAACUAACAAAUGUUUAGGUUAGAGUCCCUUUUUAGGAAGCUCAUGUUGAAUAUAAGAAUAUAAAUUAAAUGUUGGCUACACUGUGCAAUGUUGGCUACACUGUGCAAUGUUGGCUACACUGUGCAUGUUUGCUACACUGUGCAAUGUUGGCUACACUGUGCAAUGUUGGCUAUACUCUGCAAUGUUGGCUAUACUCAUUAAUGGACAAUAUUGAACUUUUUCUAUAAAAAAUCCAUGUAUAUUUUCUCAUAUUAUGACUAUAACCAACUGAAACUGGGUGUAACCUGUUUUUAUUACUAUUUACCAUUUACUUCCUUGAUAUCAGUGCUAAUAAUUUUCAGUCCAAAUGGUAACCAUAUGGGCUUAUAUUUCUAAUAAGAUGAGUAAAUAUUUUCAGGCAAGUGAUGCUGAUCUGAAAAAUAACGCAGCUCUCAGCUAUUCGAUACAUGGUGGUAGGUGAGUGUUAUUAUAUGGCAAUAUAAUUAUGAGAUUCAAGGCCCUACUACAGUGUAUUCAGUACAUAAUAUUAUGUGUGUACAGCAAGUUACAAUAUGAAUACUAAAAUAAAAAUUUGUAAAAAAAAAAGUGCAAUCCGCAUCCAUCCAGUCCCUGGUUUAGCAUCAACCCAGAUUCAGGCAGUGUCCAGCUGGUCAGAUUUUGGCCCACUGCCUCAGAGAUGAUCAUCAUAGUGCAUGACAAGGGACUUCCAAGUUUACAAGACAUGGCAGUCGUCAAGGUAAGAGUCAACUCACUUACCUAUGCCUGGUGAAACAAGCACUAGUGUAAUUUUUCAAACAAAUGUUCUGUUAGUUUGAUUACUAUUGGUGAAGUUACCCAUUUGGCUUGGAUUCAAAGAUGUGUAUUUACUCUCCGCUUUAUGAGUUAAUUGAAUAAGUAGCCAUCCAUAUAGUACGUAAGCAAAAAAAUCAUACUUUUGACAGCCCUCCCCUAUUCUAAGCGUACUUUUUAAGACGCCCCUUAUGCAUAGGUAAAAUGAGUCCCCCCCCCUAAAAAAAACAUUAUUUAUUUAUUGACAUUUUUAUGAAAUCACAGUAAAUUGAGUUAUGGGUUUUCACUGAUGUCAGCUUGGCCUGCCCAGUGGUUCCCAAAAUAGUGGUAAUGCUUUGCACUGGGCAGCUCAUAUGAAUGGGACAAAGGGGGCUCUCUCCUCUGGCUCAAAAAUCAGUGGGGCCGGGGGGAGCCAAAAUUGUCUUUAAACAGGACCUAAAUAGUGAAUUUAACUGUAAAAUCCCAUGUAUUUUGCAAAGACAAGCGAGCCUAAAAUAGUUUUUUGACUGAUCCUCCCCUGGCUGCGCUGUUUUAGGCUUCACCCCCGAUUUUCCUCGGCAUGGUCCUGCCAUUGGUUGCCACAACUUCCUCACAGGUUCACUGCAAAAUAUUACACAAUUUUCAUAAAAUACUUUCCACUUUUAAUCUAAUUUGACAUCCAGCGCGCCUGUUGAAUACAGUAACUCACUUGAGUAAUUACUGUUUGCAGUUGCUAGAUUACAGUUAGUGACAUGUAUAUGUGUUUUGUUUUAUUAUUUUUCUUUUUAAUGAAUUUGCUAUUUUGAAGUGUACAUGUUAAAAUUUAACACGGUGAGCCUGGCGAAAAUCUAAAUUUGGAAAAGGCCCCGGGACUUGAAUUUUCUAGGAACCACUGGACUGGCUAAACAAAAUACAUCUUACACACAUGGAGCAUAGGGUGGACAAAAUAUUACUGUUUCUACUACUACUGAUUGGGCCUUCUAUUAGAGCGAUGUUAGAGCGAUAUCUAAUGAGUUCACUUGUGAAAAUCCAAGGCAAUAUUAUGACAAUUCUUCCUAAAAAACAUUGAUUGAUAUUUUUAUAUCAUUAGAGACAUAAAUAUGCUAUUUUUGGACUGUCACAUUUGCAGAAUUUGUUAAUAAAUGUACAUACUCUCUGCCUUUUUUUUUCAAGAGUGAAAGAAUUUGAAAUAACUUAAGUCUUCUGUUUUAUAACAGAUAUCUGGGCCAUCUCCUAACCAGACAGCUGUAGUCAUUCUACCAGUUGCGAUAAGCUCUUUGAAUUCAGAUCUGAAAGGUGUUACAAAGUAGGGGCAUUUAAUAGCUAUUGUUAUACUGAUAUUUAAUAAGCAUAAUUAUUCACUUUAUUACUGAUAUGGUCCUUUCCUGUCAGUGUUGCUAUUUUUGCAGCAUACAAGUAAAUUGUGUUAUCUUAUUAUCUUGAAACACAUUUUCCUAUCUUUUUUAUAGUUAUGCACUUACUCCAUUAAUUUGUAAGCUGUUAUUUGAUUUAAAUUCCUCUAACAGCAAGCUGUCGUCAAUAUUGGGUGUCGAUAUUAAAAUACACAACACCGAGAGCCUCAGUGAUGCUCCUGACAUGGGGUAAAUAAAUGACUAGAUGUUAAACAUCAAACACUGUCUUGCAUGCCUCUAACACUGUCUUGAAUGCAUCUUACACCACAUUACUUGAUUCCUUAUUCUAUUUUCUUUCACAUUCAGUUGACCCAGAGAAUUCAGUCUGAUGAGAAUAAAUUUAUUUUCUAUUUACUAUUUUGAGAGUCCUUUGCUGUUUUCCUAUAUGAUAUUAUGAUUUGCACCCCAUACUCUCUGAGACUAAUUUUAAGAAAAUUAUUGUAGAUUUUCCCCCCUUGCCUCUAAGUCCAAACAUCACUUUCCCGAACCCCCACCUUCAACUCCACUUUUUUCUAAUCAUCUCAUUAUUUUCUGUUUCCAAGGUCACGGGUCCAGAUAUCAGCCAAAGGGAAAAAUGGUGAAAAGCUUAGAGUUGAUGAAAUUGAUAGGUCAGUAGUUGGUCAUUGAUAGGUCAGUAGUUGGUCAUUGAUAGGUCAGUAGUUGGUCAUUGAUAGGUCAGUAGUCUGUCAUUGAUAGGUCAGUAGUUGGUCAUGGAAAUCAGAUCAUGACAUCAGAUCGGACUGUGAGUUCAUAAGGAGUAGGCCUGCUUUUACCUAUAAUUAAAAUGUAAUACUUUGUGGUCUAACAUACAGCACAAAAAUGUUAAGAACAUCAGCUACGCUUAGAUUAUGUUGGCUCAAUCAUUCAAGUCAUAUUACUCAUUUAUCCCCCUAGCCUGCUCAAAGUUCAUGCCAAAGAAAUCUACUCUAGUUUCAAAGAAGAAGCCAAUUCUGCAGGUGUAUGGACAGCACCGUUCAUUGCUGUGCUAGUGAUCAGCAUAGUUCUCUUCUUGGUGCUCAUCGCUUCCUGUAUUAUGUUGAAGAGACAACGAACCAAGUAAGUGUGGAUAUUUAAACCGGGAAAUAGACAAACCUAUUAAAAUGUUUACAAGCUAAAAAACUAAUGCUAUGUGUUGAAACAAGAUCUAUGUGAAAGGUAGGAUUUACUAAAAGGAAAAGUUUUUUUUUUACUAAAAGGGAAGUAGUUUCUAAAAGUGUAUAUGGAGUAUAAAAUUAUCACAGAAAAUUGUUAAGGGUUGUUUUUAUGGGUUGCCCUACAGCUGAAUUUUCAAUUAGCUCUGUAUAGUUGUAUAAUUUUAUGUUGUAUUCCUUAGAUACAAAAGAACCAACAGACUGUUUGAGAAGCUAAACAGAGACACCACCAUCUACGAUGCAGCCCACAAAAAGACCACUUCAGCUGAAGGUAAUGGAUCCAUAAAUGGAUCCAUCCUUCAAAACGGCUCGCUUCCUGUCAGCCAUUCCCUUGCCUCUAACGUGUUUGACAACCCAGCUUACAGGCACGAUGACACCCCUGACAGUGACUCUCAUGGUUAUGCUAGCCCACAGGAUGGAGAUACUAGCCCUCGGGCAGGAGAUGCCAGCCAGCAAGAUGGUGACAGUCACUCAGUGGAAGCUCCUCAAAGUGGCUAUGUUAAUGUUCCGGUUCCCAACAUUCCACAAGUUGAUUUCGAAGAUGAAAAUAAAAAAGAAACAAAGACAGAUUCGCCUAGACUGCCCAGAGCUUCACAGUAUGGUUCCUCGCUUAUCAGCGAGGUUCAGAGGGUGACGGAACCAGUUCAUAAGACAAUGAUCAAUGUCAAAAUGCCACCGACCAGCUCAUCGGACCUAGAUGAUCCUAACGCCACCCACGUCGACUACGAUGGCACUAAAUUUCCAAAUCAGUUUGACAGAAGGAGCAGUGAAGCCGAUAGUGGCGUGCCUGGCGAUGUGGUCUACGAUGGCGAUGCUGAUGAUGGUGAGGAGGCUGCUGACAGCCAUGAGAAAGAUUUGCCUACAGUCAGCCCACACGCCGUAAACACACAUCUGGACAGGCUUGACUCCUCCCUAGAUCUGGUGAAACAUGACUCUGCCGCUGAUUCAAACAAGGACAUACAUGACUUGCUUCCAGAGGAACCAGAGCCUGAUUACGCAAAAAAAGUUCGAUUUAAUGAAAACUCAGCUGCUGCAUUCCAAACUAGUGAACAAGCAGUGGAGAGAUUUGACACAGAAAUUCCCAUCCCAGACACAAAUAUUGCAGAUCCUUUUUACUUUGGUGAAAACGAAAUGACAGCACUUUGACAUAAUUGUAAAAACAACAAUUUAAACUCAUUUUUUCAGUAUAUGUUGGCCAUUAAAAAUCUCUAUCUAUUAUCAAAAUUUUCAAUAAUAUCAAAAUAUUUUUUGCUUAAACAGAAAACUUGAAAAAGAGAUCUAUCCAAAAUAAUGUUAAUGUACAAUUAAGAAAAUAAAUAAGCAAAAAAUAUAUUUUUUAAAUGUGCUAAUACAUUCAGUUGCAUUACCAAGUUCAUAGACCUGUGCUAUGCCUGUAUUAAUUAUCAGUUCUGUAUGGCGGUGUUACUAUUUUUAGAGGCUUUGCAUUAAUAUAACCAUGUUACUUACUGGCCAGGUUUUUAGGUCAACAAAUAAUUAUAGUAUUCACACAGUCUGUAUUCGCCCCGUUGCCAACUGACUGUGGGAAUCACUCAAUCCUCUAAAGAUUGUGGGAACCAUUCGGUAGACAAAGAAUUGUGGAAACCACUCGGUCAACAAAGUGUUAUGUGAAACGCUUGUUCAACAAAAAAAUCUGGUAAACGCUCUGACAACCAUGGAGUAUGAUGCGUUCUCAUAACUCAGACUUUCAAAAGGUGGUUGUGAUAAUCAGCAAUUUUUAUAUAAAAAAAUUUAAUAAAAACUAUUUAUAAUUACUCAUCAAUUGAUUAUGAUAAUUCAUGUGAUUCGCUUUUUCUUCGAAUCAUGUGGCCCUACUUCUGUUCAUGAUCAGGUCAAACAAUGGACUCAUCAUUUGUGUUAUCAGUGAUUUUAAUUUAAAAUAUGUGUAUAUAUUACUCUAAUGCAAUUAUAAAUGUUAAUUUUAUAUAAUUAAUUGUUUUAUUAUAAGUUAUGUAUUUUUAAUAAUAAAUAAAAAUCCAUUGUAAAUGGCUUUCAAAACAAAA